GUCGGAGCUGAACGAGCACCUGGACACGAUCGACUCCAGCCUGGACAAUCUGCAGGCGCUGCUGAGCACGCACGGCUUCAGCAUGGACAGCGCCCUGCUCGACAUCCAGGAUCUCCUCUCCAACCAGGAGCAGCAGAAACCGGCGGAGAGCGAGCCCGGCGCGGGGGACUCCGGGAAGCAGCUGGUGCCCUGCACCGUCCAGCCGCUGUUCCUGGUGGAUUGCCCCCCGCGCCCAAGGACCCGGCCGUGUCCUAAAGGAAAUGGGGACGGAAUCCUGGAAAAAAGACAAAAAUGGGAUCUCAAAAAUGAC